AGUGCAUAACUGCAUAAGGUGCCCUGUUAACCAAACACAAGGAAGAAUCGAGAGCGUUGCAGUGAGUAGGUGUGCGUGUCAUCGCGCUUUUGGCAGAGAACAUAAUCAAUUCAUCAUCCGAAACGCAAGGAGGGAAUAGAAAGUGUUAAAAACCCAAACAGUACCCAAACACAUGGCAGAGCGUGUGUUCCUCACUCAUCCUUCGCUCACUUUACCAUCUCAACCGUUUCCAACAACUAGAAUGGCCUCCACCGCCACAGCCGCCAUCGCUGCCUCACGCAUUAUUCCCUCCGCCACCGCACUCUCCUCUUCAGCUUCCCGCUCCUUCUUCUCCUCCUCUUCCACUUCUCGUUCCUCGCUCAAAUGCCUCCACCUUCACUCUUCUUCUCGUAUCUCUCACCUCUUCGUCAAUCAGCGAAGAGCUGAGGUUCGUGUUUCGAGUGGAGACUAUGCAACGGUUUCUUCUCCGAAGUCGUUGGCGUCUGAUCCUGACCAGCUGAAGAGUGCUCGAGAAGAUAUCAAGGAGCUUCUCAGGACAAAGUUCUGCCAUCCGAUUCUGAUUCGUUUGGGAUGGCAUGAUGCUGGUACCUACAAUAAGAAUAUUGAGGAAUGGCCACAGAGAGGUGGUGCUAAUGGUAGUUUAAGAUUUGAAGUUGAGCUGAAACAUGCAGCCAAUGCUGGACUCGUGAAUGCAUUGAAGCUUAUUCAGCCAAUCAAAGACAAAUAUGCUCGUGUGACAUAUGCAGACUUAUUUCAGUUGGCUGGUGCUACUGCUGUUGAGGAAGCUGGAGGCCCAAAAAUCCCUAUGAAAUAUGGAAGAGUGGAUGUCUCAUCACCUGAACAAUGUCCUGAAGAAGGAAGACUUCCAGAUGCUGGUCCUCCCUCACCGGCUGAUCAUUUGCGUCAAGUUUUCUACAGAAUGGGUUUGAAUGACAAGGAAAUUGUUGCAUUAUCUGGUGCGCACACACUGGGAAGGUCCAGACCUGAACGAAGUGGCUGGGGCAAGCCUGAGACUAAAUAUACAAAAGAUGGACCAGGAGCACCUGGAGGACAAUCCUGGACAGUACAAUGGUUGAAGUUUGAUAACUCAUACUUCAAGGACAUCAAGGAAAAAAAGGAUGAAGAUUUAUUGGUAUUGCCAACAGAUGCUGUUCUUUUUGAGGAUCCAUCCUUCAAGGUUUAUGCUGAGAAGUAUGCUGAGGAUCAGGUAGCAUUCUUCAACGAUUAUGCUGAAGCCCAUGCCAAGCUAAGCAACCUUGGUGCAAAAUUUGAUCCUCCAGAGGGCAUAGUAUUAGAUCCUUCUCCAAAGCCACAAGCAGAGAAGUUUGAAGCAGCAAAGUACUCAACUGGAAAGGAUUAAAAACAAGUGUCAUGUUUUCUUGUCCCAGUAUCUUCUUUUAGUAAUACAGGAAGAAGUAUUUUCAAAUCAUGUGAUAUCCAUGUAAAAUUUGGAAGUCUUAAAUGAAGAAGAAAGGAAUAAAAAAUUCAAUAGUGUGCCUAUUUGAAUUGCAGAGAGAGCUAUCUGAUGCUAUGAAGCAGAAGAUUCGAUCUGAGUAUGAGGCAAUUGGUGGAAGCCCAGAUAAGCCCCUACAGUCAAACUAUUUUCUUAAUAUCAUGAUUAUCAUUGCUGUUUUGGCACUUUUGACAUCACUGCUUGGAAACUAGUUUUUUGUAACCACCCCCCCCCCCCCCCCCCCCCCCCUUUUUCUUUUUCUCUUCUCUGGGCUUCCUUAUAAUUGCAUGGCCAUUUACAUAUACUUAUUCUAACUUUUUCUGGUGGCUAUCAAAUCUAUUAAUGCAUUGAUGAAAACGAGCGCGUGACUGUUGCUUAUUAAUGACAUUAGUUGGUCUAUUAAUCAUAUUAUGAAAGCUACAUUCUUGGGAUUAAGAAGGUUAAACAAAACUUUGGGUGCUUUCCUUUAAAAAAGCUUCUCACUUUCAAAGAUCAUAGGGGAGGGAGUCCUUGUAUUUCUUUGAAGGUUGAAUUCAACCUUCUUCGAAUGCAAAAACAACCAGUAAGAAGGUUAUUUGGAAAUUCCAAGUGCUGCUAGCUACUUGUUUUGUCGUUUCUUUUCUGAGCUUAUAUUAGACGUUGAAUUCGUAUUCGUUGAACGGGUGAACUGACGUUUAU